AUGAGACAGGAACUUCAGACAAUGUCCACACCGGACAUGCCCAUUUUUGGCGUUACGUUGCGUUUAAUGAAAUUCUGGUCAUAUCUAUUCGUUCACAAUUGGCGACGCUAUUUGGCCCUAACGCCCUUUGCCCUCAUCAAUGUGACCCAAUACGUGGAUAUCUACCUAAGUUCCGAGCGCCUCGACUUUAUCAUACGUAAUGUCUAUCUGACUGUGCUCUUUACCAACACAAUUGUGCGUGGCGUCCUGCUCUGUGUGCAACGUGGCCGAUACGAACGUUUCCUAGAACUCUUGAAAGUCUACUAUCUUCAGCUGCUGAAUUCUUCAGAUGCGCAUAUUUCCGAAUUGAUAGCGAAGACGACGCAACUCUCCAACUUGAUCGGUCGCAUUAAUUUACUAAUGGGCAUUUGCACUUGCAUUGGCUUUGUAACAUAUCCGAUAUUUGGGUCCGAGCGCGUGUUGCCCUAUGGCAUGUAUAUUCCGGGUAUCGAUAAAUAUACCAGCCCUGCCUAUGAGGUAUUCUUUGUGGUGCAGGUCAUAAUGGCGCCGAUGGGCUGCUGCAUGUACAUACCGUAUACGAAUCUGAUUGUUACCUUCACACUGUUUGCCAUUCUCAUGUGCCAGGUGCUACAGCAUAAGCUGCGCACCUUGCGGCAAUUGCCAGGCAUUCGAGUGCGUGACGAAAUUAUAUGGUGCAUACGAUAUCAGCUCAAGCUGGCUGGCCUGGUCGAUGCCAUGAAUGCAUUGACCACCCAUUUGCAUCUGCUGGAGUUUCUAUGCUUUGGCGCAAUGCUUUGUGUGUUGCUCUUCUCGUUAAUCAUUGCACCAACAAUAGCUCAGUUUAUAAUCGUGAUUUUCUAUAUGAUCAUGAUAUUUUCCAACACUGUUGUGCUCUACUACGUGGCCAAUGAGCUUUAUUUUCAGAGUUUCUAUAUAUCCAUUGCCGCCUAUGAGAUCAAUUGGAUGGAUCUGGAUAUAGAGACACAGAAAGUAGUAAAGUUUCUCAUCAUGCGUUCUCAAAAGCCACUCGCAGUACUUGUUGGCGGCGUUUAUCCAAUGAAUCUAAAGAUGCUGCAGUCGCUGCUGAACGUCAUCUAUUCGUUUUUUACGCUGCUGCGACGCGUCUAUGGCUGA